UAAAUUUAUUUAAACGGAAUUCUCAUAAUUGUUUAAAUAUGUCAGCAUCCAGCCACAGAUAUAUGUCAUGCGGUGGUUUAUUAGAUGUGGAUGGAAGCAGGAUGAGCGGUGAAUCUGUGAGGACACAAAACGUGACUGCAUCUGUAGCAAUUGCCAACAUAGUACGUUCAUCUUUAGGCCCUUCUGGCCUGGACAAGAUGAUGGUGGAUGAAGUUGGAGAUGUGAUUGUAACAAACGAUGGCGCAACUGUUCUAUCAAAUUUAGAUAUUGAACAUCCAGCUGCAAGAGUGUUAGUGGAUCUGGCACGUCUUCAGGAUCAGGAAUGCGGAGACGGAACCACGGGUGUGGUACUAAUGGCUGCAGAACUUCUGAAGAAAGCAGACGAUCUCGUCAGACAACGCAUCCACCCGACCAGCGUUAUAUUGGGAUACCGUAUGGCUUGUAAGGAAGCAUGUCGAUAUAUUAAUACUAACCUGGCAACUGCUAGACACGUGCGUCCUGAUGCAAGUGCAGGCGACGCGAGCGAUGCAUCAGGCUUGCGAGAUACGCUUUUAGCUGCUGCACGCACUUCCAUUGGGUCUAAGAUAAUUGGAGGAGCCGACGCAGAACAUUUUGCUGGAUUAGUGGUAGAUGCUGCUUUGGCAAUCAAAGGCAAAAAUAAUCUAUGCCCUAUCCGGUCAGUAAAUGUACUGAAGGCCCAUGGAGCAGGAGCUCGUGACAGUUGCUUGAUUCAUGGCUACGCCAUCCCUAAUACAAUUGCUGCUGCAAGUAUGCCUCAUCGUGUAGCACCAGCUCGAAUUGCAUGCGUAGACUUCACAUUACAAAAAAGCAAAGCACGCGUUGGAGUCGAAGUGAGAAUUACUCAAAUGGAUGAAUUAACCCGCGUCAGAAUGCGCGAGUUUGAUAUGUCGAAAGAGAAGGUGCAGAAAAUCAUAGCUGCCGGUAUCAAUGUGCUAUUGACCACUGGUGGUGUAGAUGACUUAUGCCUGAAAUAUUUUAGCGAUGCUGGAAUUAUAGUAGUACGCAGAGUAAAGGUUUCCGACUUGAAACGGAUAGCUCGUGCUACCGGCGCAUCUUUUCUGACAUCCUUAUCCGACAUGGAUGGCGAAGAAGUGUUCACUGAAAACAUGUAUGGUGUCGCUGAUGAAGUUUACCAGGAAUGCAUUGCUGACGAUGAAAUGAUUGUGAUCCGAGGUCCUAGAUCUAGGGGUGCAGCUUCCAUUGUCGUUCGUGGUCCAAAUGAUACAUAUUGUGAGGAAAUGGAACGUUCCAUUCAUGAUGCUCUUUGCGCUAUCAAGCGCACAAUCGAAGGUGGCGCAGUGGUUGCUGGUGGCGGUGCUGUAGAAUCUGCUCUUAGUGUGUGGCUUGAGGAUUACGCCAAUUCGAUUGCAACCCGCGAGCAAUUAGCAAUCACAGAGUUUGCCGCAGCACUUUUGACUAUUCCCACGUCUCUAGCUGUGAAUGGAGCAUAUGAUGCAACAGAUCUCACUGCAAAACUGCGUGCUCAGCAUCAUUUGAGUCAGACACAGCCGGAUAUGGCCCAUUUACGUUGGACUGGUUUAGAUCUGGACACUGGAAAAAUUCGUGAUAACAUGAAAGCUGGUGUUAUAGAACCUGCAACUUCUAAGAUCAAAGCUAUACGAUUUGCCACUGAAGCCGCCAUUACUAUUCUUCGAAUUGAUGAUAUGAUCCGGGUAAAUCCACCGCCGCCAGGACCCGACCAGCGUGGAAAAAGUUACGAAGAAGCGCGGGCCUGUGGACAACUCGAAGAAUACUAA